UAAAAACUUGUUUACCGGGUCAAAAAGUUAUCACGGUGUUUGGUACCAGCUUAUGUUUUUCAACAACAUUUUCUCGGGCCAAAAGUAAUUGUGGUAUUUAUACAUGAGUUACCAGUCCUAUUAUGAGUAUAUAACAUUUUAUUUACAUAGAAGUUACUGAAGGUAUGUUUUUCAGUAACUUUUUCCCCAGGUAAAAUAUUACAAUGGUACUUGUAAGCAUGACAGCAUGACAAACAAAAUUGGUGGGAGGCGAUUGUGCGGGAGAAUUAAACGGAAAAUUGAGAUCGUGAACUGGUAUGGGUUUGUGUUGGCAAAAUAAAAUCAGUGGGAGGUGGGCGUGGAAAAUCAGAGGACGUUUGAUAGUUUUGAAUGAUCGGCUUCCAACUCAGUCUCCGCGGACAGGUCCGUCGGUCCAUUGUCCGGUUUGCGGGGGACCUUAGGGAUGCUAUAGCCCGCAAGGGUGAAACUGGAAGCAACUUAGUACAGCUAACCGUGCAUCGCAGGGGCAGGACAAACAUCAUGCAGACUUCGAGGUCAACACGCGCAUGCAAGACUAGCAGAGCCAAGACCCAUUUUCCCCGGCUGGCUGAGAUUUUAAAUAUGCCGCAACCGGGCAACGAUCAGCUCACACGUCACGCGGAGUCUCGAGGAGCAGCUCUCCUACUGUCACACUGGCUACUAGUACUACUCAGAACUGUACGCUAUUACCGGUGUAGUUCAGUGCUCUCUGCUCAGCCUACGUACACAGCUCGAUCGAUGAUGUACCGGAGGAUAACCGCCCGGCUGCUCGUCGUCGCCGCCGUCGUCCUCCUGUCCCUGCUGCUGGCCUCCUGCGCGGCCGUCCCGCGUGGCCUUGGCCUGCCGCCGCCGCGUCCUCCUCCGGUGCUGCUCCUAGGCGGCGGCCGGAGCCCGGCGCGCGAGGGGAUGGAGCUGGAUCUGGGAACGCCCGCGAGGCGGCUGGGGCAGCAAACGUCGACGAAUGUGCCUCCCUCGCCGAAGCCCCACGGCAACUCGGGGUCGGCGGGGCCCGACACGCCGCCGUCGAGCAACGAGUAGGGCGACGAGGCUCCGUGGCGCGAGCACGCGACGGUGGCCGUGGGGUAGGUACGAUGUAUGGUAGUGCUCCAUGUACAACGGACAGCUAGCUGCAUGCCAUGUUCGAGAACACUUUCGCCGGUGUACAAGUCAAUAAGCUCGUUUCGAAAAGAAAAAAAAUGUCAAUAAGUUGCGUGCUCCGCACCUCAUUGGUCUUUCCGUGUGUACAACGACACUUUCACUAGUGCAUAAUAAUUCAGUGACCCGCAAAAGAUAUAUCCGGUGAGCACG